AUGAGAAAUACAGCUAAACAGUUGAGUCAAACGCACUUUCCACAUCAUCCGUAUCGUGUGGAAUUUUUGCCGAUUCUUUGGCACGAUGAAUUACAUUCGGAUACUGUGACUGGUUUAGACAAACAGUUGGAACAAAUCACUCUUGGUAGUAUACCGAAAUUAAGACAAUUCACAAAUGAUUCAUUAAUGGAUAUAUUGUUUUAUACAAGUUCUAAAUAUUCACAACUAAUUGUAAAUACAGUGGCUAGAGAGAUUACUAGGCUACGUGAAUUAUUUAUUUCACGUAAUCCAAACUUUACCGGUAAUAUCUCUAUUAUUGGUCAUAGUUUAGGGGCUGUCAUAUCGUUUGAUUUAUUAUGCCAUCAAGCUGCUUAUAAUUCAUUAUAUACUACCACAACUGAUCAAUCUCCAACAGUAUCGUUGUCUACAGUACAUAAUAAUAACAAUAAUAGAACAAUUGGUAGUACUUUUAUUACUAAUACAGAUUCGCAAUCGAAAACAAUCAAUGAUGUGAAUUAUGUUGAUGAACCACAUAGUGAAGUAAAGGUCGACCAGUUUACAGAUGAUAUUAUGAGUUCUUCCAAAAUAUCAGCAACUACUUUUCCUGCUUCUACGAUAACGAGUGUUACUAGUAGCAUUAGUAGCUGUAGUAAUGGUUCUACAACAAUGGUGACUGAUACAAACACUUCUCUGAAUAUUUCAUCAUUAUCAUCUGCCUCAUCAUCGUCAACUUGUCCAUCGAAAGACCAUACUAAUGAUGAAAAUAAAAGUGAACAUAGUACCACUAUGUCAGAUGCAGGACAAAAUGAUAUGGGUGAAUGGUCUAUUGUUGAUGAUUGCCAUCAUCGUAACCGUUCAAAAUCCAAGUUCAAUAAUGAUAAUAAUACGAAUGGAAGCCAAUCACAGCCAAUGCUCAAUCUGUCUCUAAAUAACAUCAGUCAACUUAACGAAAUCUUAUCACAAAAUGGAUUAAAUGUUGACCAAACACGUAGUAUACUUCAAUCAAUCUUAAAAUGGAAUAAAAUUAAUCAACUUAAAAGCGAAUCUGUUGAAGAUUUAGAAAAGGAAAAUAGCUAUCACGAUAUGCUGGCCAAUUCAAGUAUCAUUACUGGGCAAAUUUUACCAAACAUUGUUACAACUGCUUCAAAUUCAAUGUUGACGUCAUUUUGGUUGGAAAAUCAUUGUUUCUAUGCAAACCAGUGCAACAGUAACAAUGCUGGAUUUGGUAUUACACUGCCUAACUAUCAUCAAUUAGGCUUUACUAUAUCUGGCUUAUAUACAUUAGGCUCACCUAUACCAUUGUUUUUAACUGCACGUGGUAUUAAAACGUUGAGUAGCGAAUUUCACUUGCCAACAUGUUCAACAUUUUAUAACAUAUUUCAUCCAUUCGACCCAGUUGCCUAUCGUAUGGAAACACUGAUUGAUUCAGAAUUUCAGCAAAAAUCUGUCCUCAUUCCACAUCAUAAAGGUCGCAAACGUAUACACUUACAAUUGAAAGAUAAUUUAGCCUGGGUUGGUUCUGAAUUAAAAAGUAAAUUCUAUAAUUCAGUUCAAUCUACUUGGCGCAGUCUACAUGAAUUUGCAUUGGCUCAUAAAUUUAUUAGUGCCUCAGGUGAGUUAGGAUCUGGUUCUACUGCAUAUACUUGUGGUAACAGUUCAAAUGGAGAUGAAUUAGACGAUUAUGAAAAUGUUUGUAAUCUCACUGACAAUCGUAAUGAUGUUGUUACAACAACUUAUCGUAAUUUAACAACUCAUGAUUUAUCUUUCAACAGUCGACUUAAUCAAGGUAGACGUAUAGAUUAUGUUUUACAGGAAGCUGCUUUGGAAAGCUUCAAUGAGUACCUUUUUGCGCUUACAAGUCAUGGAACCUAUUGGGAUUCAGUGGACACUGUGUUAUUUAUACUAACAGAAGCAUAUUCCGAAAAAGGUAUAGCUCCUAUAAUGCCUGGUCAGAAGAAUGUGCCUGAAAAUACAAUUCAUGUGAGAGCUCUAUCACCUCUUAAAUCUGCCGGUUCAACUUCUGUUCAUUCUAUGCUCAAUCCAUCUUCUGUAACAGCAGAUUUGUUAGUAAAUGUAAAUAAUGAUCAUCAGAUGCCUGCAUCUCAACAAGUCGAUCAUUUGGUUUCCUUAUCUUCUGUCAACCAAAAUCAACCUUAUCCUGUUACAACUGCUGUAGCUAGUACUGUUUCUUCUAUUUCCAGGAUUUCCAAUAUUCAAGGUCAACUGCCACCAUCCUUACCAUACAUGACACCUCCCACAGUCAUUCUCACCACUACCACUAAUAAUGAUACUCAUUAUAUGCAAACUACGGUUACCGAUUCGUACUACCAGGUGCCAAUUAGUCAGCACUAUUCCUCUGCAGGUCCACCAUCAUCUCAUAUCUUCUCUCACUGUUCAACUCAAAAAUAUAUUGCUCCACAAAUUUCUGUUUGUAUGUCACAAGAGUUUUCAAAUACCGCUGAAAAUUAUAUGCAAACGCAAAAACAACAACAGUAUUCAAAUAUACCAGCUUAUGCUCAUCGUAAACAAAGUUCUGUGAAUAAUUCAACUACUAGUUCUUUUACACCUUCCAUACUUCCAUUUCAUCCAACAACACCGCCAACCUCAUGCAUUUCUGUUGACUAUCCAAUAUCUGUUGUGCCAUCUAUUAUCCCUGAUCUACUUUGUACUCCUACUAAUAUAUUUAUACCAACAUCAACAGUAGUGGAAAAUACGUUUUGUUCAUCGUCUCGAAUGUUCCCACCAGUAUCUCAAUAA